AUGAAUGCAUCCGACGACGGCAGCAACAACCCAAGCCAAUCCAACACUUCGGAAAGCGAGCAAAAAAAGAAAGGCAAAGGGCGACAGAAGAUAACAAUGGCGAAGAUCGAAAACGAGACGAAUCUCCAAGUAACGUUCUCGAAGCGGCGCGCCGGCGUUUUCAAGAAGGCGAGCGAGCUGAGCACGCUGUGCGGCGCCGAGAGCGCCGUCGUGGUCUUCUCUCCGGGCAACAAGCCCCACUCCUUCGGCCACCCCAACGUCGAGACCGUGGCCAACAGGUUCCUCCACGCGAGCGGCGGCGCUCCGUCGAGAUCCAACGCCGCCGAUCAGCUGAUCAUGGCUCACAGCGAGGCGGCCAUGCAGCAGCGCAACCAGGAGCUGGUGGGCACGGAGGCUGAGCUGGAGCGGGAGAGGCAGCGGAAGAAGGAGCUGGACAGCUUACCCGCGCCGCCAAAACUGGACGAGCUUGACUACGAGCAGCUCGAUCGGCUGAGGAAGUCUGUGAUGGGGUUCAAGCGCGAGUUUGAAGCUAAGGUUAAGAAGGGUGCGGCUGCGGCUUCAUCAUCUGUGCCUGCAGCUUAUGGCUAUGGCGGUGGCAGCGGCAGCGGCAGCGCUGCCACCUAUGGAUACACGGUGCACUAUCCGCCCGCGGGGGAUGCUAUGCUGCCAUACAACAACUACGGAAAUCCUGCUUCCGUCGUUCAAUAUGAUGCCGCCACCGGUACCGCUGACGCUGACGCCGACGCCGACGCCGCUCCUGACACAAAUAAAUUUCGGGGAUUUGGCCGCCAUCCUGGGUUUUAG